AUGCCUCAAGCGUCAAAGACCUUCGGUGGACGCGAAACCCAAGGACGGCUUGGGGAGGGAUGCGUCCCCAGGCCAAACUGGCUCCCAGGUUCAGACCCCGUCUACAUCUUCAGCUCAGAGGAAUGUCCAGAGCGUCCAGCGGCCGAAUCCUGGGGUACUGCCACCAGAUCAGUCGAAGGAAGGACGACAAGACACCGGGACCAUGGCACCGCCUCCGCCAGAGCAUCCAAGCAUCCCGGCGCGCAAACCAGAUCCAAAACGGUUCUCAUGGGCGGCCGUGGUUGCUCGUGGCACGUCAUCCAAGACAAUGGACAUGAGAGACACAGCUCCGAGCAGCACUCCAUCUCAACCUGUGCCCACAACGACCUUGAAGGGGCCAUCACCAAACGUGGUGACGUUUCCAGCGCCUUCACGGAUCAACGAGGCUCGCAAACAAGAGUCAACAUCCACGGCAUCCACCACGAACCCGGAUGUCGUAGGACCGGAUGA